AUGUCGACCACACUGAGCGCCUCGCCGUCGCCUACCCCGACCGGCGGCAGCAGCAACUCGGGCGGCGGAGGAGGCGGCGGCGGCGGUGGUGGUGGACCGACCAGCUCGCCGCUGCUCUUCUUCGUCGCCCUGGGAUUCGGCGUCGUCUUUACUAACCUGUGGUAAGUAACGACUUUCUGCGAACAUGCUUAUCCCGACAUGGGUGUCCGCCCGCUCCCGGCUCUAGCACUCUAGUACCACAUGACGCUAAUUUCUCGGCCGCAUCACAGGAUCAUCGUCGGCGUCAAAUACUGCUUCCGAUAUAACCAGCGAAACCGCGCCGCCCGCACACUGAACGAACAUGGAGAACCCAUUGAUCUCGGCAACAUGCCGCAGCAUCCACGACGAAGGCGGCGUGAGAAGAAGCUCAUGUCUAUGGAUGAGGUGAACGAGCGCUUCCCAUUGAUCAAGUACAAGACGUGGCGAUCAUCGCGAGAGGCGGAAGGACUCCCUGCUGCUGGCGGCGUUACCGCACCACCGAGUCGGGCGGCGAGCAUACGAGAUGGAGAAGGCACGAUUGGGGACAAUAAGACGCACGCGAGACACUCGAGUGACUCUGCACGGCCGCAGACCGCACUCAGCAUAGCGCAGCAGGAUCAUGCGAAUGCAAUGUCGGAAGAGAAGGGCCCGUCGACAGCACCGCAGGCCACGUCGAGUUCAGAAAAGACGCCGGAAGUUGUCGUGGAGAGGGCAGAGAAUGUGCGCGAAUCGGGAGACGUACGGAGCAACUCGGGGGCGGACGACCUGGAUGAGGAGGAUGAAGACGAUCCGAUUCGGACUGCAGCGCCGCCGGAGAUGUUGGCUGUGCCUGGAGACACAUGCGCCAUCUGUUUGGAUUCGCUGGACGACGAUGACGAUGUUCGAGGGUUGACGUGCGGACACGCAUUCCACGGAUCUUGUGUCGACCCGUGGCUCACCAGUAGGCGAGCGUGCUGUCCGUUAUGCAAGGCUGACUACUACGUCCCGAAACCACGUGCAGAGGGAGACGAGAAUGUUUCCGCCACUGGCCGUCGCAGUAGACACAACAUGCCACAGCAACCAUCCAUGGCGUGGAUAGGCGGGCGAGGCGUGCCUUUGAGACCUCGAAUGAUGUUCACACCGCGCAUGUUUGGCGACUCUGCCUCUGAUCGCGAUCAAUAUCGAGCGACACGGGCAGAGCAAGAGCGCCGCCAGGACGCGUUCUACCAAGAUCCCGCGACGGAGCGACACGCAGAAUCUCGGAGUAAUGGACGGACAUGGAGGAGCAGGUUACCCAAUCUGGUGCCGCGGUUUGGCAGGCGAAACUCACAGCAGCAGCCAAACAGCGAGCAGGGGAGUGCAGUGACGGCGGGACAGCUGGAGGCGGGAACUCAGCGGGCGUAG